UUACAAGACCCGUGGACUUGUCGUCGAGCGAUUCAGGUACAGUAUUGCGCUGCGCUGUCAAUGGCGUCGUGAGCGAAAGCAAAAGUCAUAAUAACGGGCGUAGCGCAAUCAGUCCACCACAGCUCAAAGGACAAACUUUUGGUCCCACGAUGGUGCGGUCGUUGUGGGCGGUGCUACGGGCGGUAACCUCCCAAGGAGCAACCGCGUGGAAAACAAACAUACCUGCUGGCGCUGUAGGCUGCAGUCCAUCUUGGAACGGAGGGUCUCCCCAGCCGGUCGUCACGCUCGUCCGAUCGCUAUCCAGUGACGUGCGUCGCCCGCAGUGUUUGUCCAGAAUGCCCGAAAUAACCACAGACCACCUUGAUGAGAAGCAAGUGCAGUUGCUGGCAGAGAUGUGCAUCCUCAUCGACGAGGACGACCAACGGGUCGGCGCCGACACUAAGAAAAACUGCCACCUAAACGCCAACAUCGAUAAAGGUUUACUACACAGAGCGUUUAGCGUCUUCAUUUUUAACAGUGAAGAGAAGCUGCUCUUACAGCAGCGGUCCGAUGCCAAGAUCACUUUUCCGGGCUGUUUCACAAACACAUGCUGCAGUCACCCUUUACACACGGACGGUGAGCUGGAAGAGAAAGACGCUAUCGGAGUAAGGAGAGCUGCGCAGAGGAGACUCAAAGCUGAACUGGGGAUCCCCAUAGAACAGGUAACUCCAGAUGAAAUGACGUAUCUAACGAGAAUCCAUUAUAAAGCCCAGUCCGAUGGUGUUUGGGGAGAACAUGAGAUUGACUACAUCCUGUUCAUGCAGAAGGAUGUGGAGUUAAGCCCUGACACCAACGAAAUCAAAAGCUACUGUUAUGUGAGCAAAGAAGAGCUCCGACAAAUGCUGGAGAAGGCCAAGCAUAAAGAACUGGAGAUAACUCCCUGGUUUCAGCUAAUCGCUGACACAUUCCUCUUCAAAUGGUGGGACAAUUUGCAGAACCUUAAGCAGUUCAUGGAUCACACAAACAUCCACCGCAUGUAACCACUAACUACAAUGGAGUUGUAUUUCCCUUACAUUUUAGACAUUUGUUUUUGUCUUGACUGAACCAGUCACUGGCAUAUGUUUUGAGCGCGUGUGUUACCAGCCAAGGUUCACAGGAAGUAUUUAGCUCAAAAAUGCUUUGUAUGCACAGUGGAGGAAGGAACUGAAAGGUUGACUAGUCUUUUAAUAACAAAGUAAUGAACUCUAAAAUGUUUCACAAUGUAAUCAUGUGCAAAAUUUGUGGAUAACAAUCAGAAUGUGCUAUUUUUCUAUAGUAAAUAAAAUCAUGGAGAUGCUUGGACUCAUGUAA